CCGUCACAAGGAGGAUCUCUCUGAGCGGGCUCCUCCCUCCUCCCGCACCUCGUCACCGGGGCUCGUACCUGCCCUGUCUGCUCCUCCUGCGCUACAAAAGCUCUACGCAUGCGAAGUGACUCUUCCUCUUUAGUCUAGCGUUACGGAAGACACAGCCCAUCAUGGCAGAUGAUGAACCACAUUUCGACCAAGCCGACUCUGGGGCCUCCACAACAUACCCAGUGCAGUGCUCCGCAUUGAGGAAGAAUGGCCAUGUCAUGAUAAAAAAACGUCCCUGCAAGAUUGUCGAAAUGUCUACCUCCAAGACUGGCAAGCAUGGACACGCUAAGGUUCACCUUGUUGGAAUUGACCUCUUUACUGGGAAGAAGUUGGAAGAUAUCUGCCCAUCUACCCAUAACAUGGAUGUCCCUAAUGUUUUAAGGAAAGACUACCAGGUCAUAGGUAUCAGCGAUGGCUUCUUGUCCCUAAUGGAUGACUCUGGAGCAACCAGAGAAGACCUCAAAGUGCCAGAGACCGAUUUGGGCAAAGAGAUAACAUCUAAGUUUGAUGCAGAAGAGACUUUUAUGGUCACUGUGUUGAAAGCUUGCGAUGAGGAAGCUGUAGUUGGCAUCAAGGCCAUGGCUUAACGUGUCCAGGACAACGCUGGAGACCUCCGAAGUCUUUCUCUCCAGUACGGCUUGAAGCUUCACCAAAGCUACUGGCCUUCACCCCCACAUCUCCACCAGUUUCCCUGCUGGUCACCUGAAAACCGGAAACUCGACUGGAUCCGCUUCUACAACUCAGUCAGGGCCGACAUGCAUUCUCUACAAUCAACGAAGUUGUCCACCCGUAGCCGUUGCAGCGUAACUUUGCAGUGGCUACUGAUAUUGUUCCAGCAAUAUCUAGCACAUUCCAGCAAUUCCUAACAUUCUGCGUAGAAAAUGGCUGAUUGGUUUUCUGUGCAUUACUUCAAUACAUUCGCUUUUUUAAUUCC